CUCUGCGUUCAGUGGCAUAACACAGUCUAGUCCCUCGCAUUUGCGGACUUGAUAGAUAUGCCAUGUCAUUUCGAAAACCUUCUUUGUGCAUCUUUUUCGACCUGAAAACAGUAUUGCAGUACCAGUGUAACGUUAUCAGUAACGGGUGCGGGCAGAAAGAUGGCAACUGCUAGCUUCCUGGCCGGGAGUCCCUUGCAGGGGGGUGGGUCAUCUCUUGCACAACAGCUGCCACAGCUGAUGCAGGAAACAGAGUUGCAGAAGAUGCUGACAGAUGAACGGAUGCGCAGUGAGCAACACAAAACCAACUACCAGCAGCUGAAAACAGAACACUCGAGAUUACAAGAUGAGUACAUGCAGCUACAAAUGGAGGUCAAGAGCACAAUUGAGGAGAGCCGCAUCGUGCAGGAGAAGUACAAGAGCAUGUUGGAGCAAACCAGGAGAGAACUUGUUGAGAGGACAGCUGAGAUCGAGGAGCUUAGAGCCAAGGUAGUGACCCCUCAGAGACUGGAGAUUCUCAAGCUACAGGUGACGGAAGACCUGGAGAAGACAUACCGGGAUAAGUACUACAAGCAGGAGCAGGAGAUUGAGGAAUAUCGCAACUCACUCAAUAAAGUCCGAUACGAGUUCUCCUUCCUGAAGUCUGAGUACGAGCAUGACAAGCUGGAGAGUCAGAGAGUUGUGGAGGAGCUGAAGAUGCAGCAUGAUGCAGAGGUGACCAACCUCCGUAAAGAGCGGGACACGACAAUCAAUCGCAUCACGACCGAGAACACGGCAGACUCUCAGAAGGUGCGAGUGUUACAGCGGGAGAAUGCUCAGCUCCACCUCAAGCUGAAGAGUCUGCUGUCAGAGAUGGAGGAGAUCCGGGCUCAGAGGGAGAAGAUAGGACUGGAGUCGGACAGUGUCACACGCAUUCAGUCCAAACAGCUUUCAGAAAACACUGCAGUCAUCAAGUCACUUGAGGCUGAGAGGGAGUCCCUGCGUCGUCAGUCAGACAGCCUCCAGAGGGAGCUGUCUGGGACGGGGGAGACCCACAACCGCCUCACGGGGAAGAUCCAUGAGCUGGAGAAGGAGAACCUGGUGUUUAAGAACAGAGUGGAGGAGCUGACACACAAGAACAAGGUAGAGCUGACCAAUCUGAAGAUGGAGAUGCUGAAACAGAGGGGAGAUCUGGAGAGGGAGCGGGACAGGCUAGCUAACAUGGUGGAAGAUAUGCAGACCACCGUUGAAAUCUCAGAGCAUAAGAUAGAGCAGCAGAGCCUGGCCCUAGAGGAGAAGGAGCGCGAGGCCGUGAGACGGGUGCAGGCCGCCAGGGAGGAGGAGUUCACCAAGUUCACACAAGCUGAGAAUGAAAAAUUGGAGUUGGAAGCUAAGCUUCAAGAAGUAGACAGAAAAAAGAUUGACGAGGAAGCUGCAAGACAUGUUGCACAGGAGCGUAUGGGAGAAAGAAUAGCAGCAGCCAACAGUGCUCGCGAUUCAGCGGAGAAGGAACUACUAGUGCUCAAGACACGAAUACAUAAUUUCGAGUCUCUUCAAAGUCAGUUGGAGAGAGAAAGAGGAGAAAAUUCUGAUCUUAAGAGUAAAAUCAGCAAGCUUGAAGAUGAGUUGGGUGGAUUCCUAGGAAAUGAACAUGACAUGACUGAUCAAGUUAUAAAGUUAAGGAAUCAAAACGAGUUGUUGAAAGACGAACUAAGAUUAACGCAGGAUCAGAUGGUGAAGAUUCAGGACAACCAUGAUCGUAUUGUGGCCCAGCAGAGGGCAGCACUGGUGGAUGAAAAGACACAGCUAGGGUUAAGGGUUCAGGACUUGGAGGAGAAGUACAGCAAUGCUCAUUCUAAACUACAGAAAGCAGCAUCUAUUCAUAAAAAGUACAAGAAAAAGCAUCACAGGGUUACAGAACACCUCCGAGAAAAACUGCAAGUGCUUGAUGCUAAGAACACAGAGCUAGACCUAGAGAAACAGGCACUUUCGCGCUGUGUCCCCCAGGAUGCUUAUAACCGUCUCAAGAAGCAGUGGAAGGACUUGUACCGGCGCCACCAGGAGUUCCGGGCCAUGUUGCUACCCGGUGUCAGGCACGUCAACAUAGGGGACAAAUCCUUUGCCACCAUCAAUAUGCCCUUUGAUGCCUCACUGCCAAACUGGAGUGUCUUAGAUUUGGAGCGAGAACACCAGGAUGACCUACGACUGCUGAAGCGGCGCCUGGACACUCUGGACGACACACAGAGGCAACAGCUGCAGGAGCUGACUGAGAUCACUAACAAGUCCUUCCGCCAGUCACAAUUUGACGGCCAUGCUACGCUGACCAAGGCUGACCUUGAUAGUCGGAGUACACUUCGAGACAAUGUGGAGGACUCCAGAGAAAAGGCAGAUGAAGAAAAGGCCUCCAUGUCCAUGUGAUCCUUAACAACUCAAAUUACAGAUCAAUAAUUUUCAUUCUCUUUAGAUGAAUCGGUUAUACUUUUUAGAAUUUCUACAUCUUUAAAAUAUAUUAAAAAGUGUUGCUAAGAAUGUCUAUAUUAUCUCAGGUUCUUUUAUCUUAUUGCUUAUAAAACGGUAUUGUGUCAUCUUUUUAAGUGCCUAUUUACUCUUCCCACUCAGUUUUUCAGGGUAUCUGAGAGGCAACUGUAUGUUCGGAUGGUAUCCCUUUGUGUCUGGAUUCAUUAGAUCUGGACGUGUAUUGCUAUUUUAUUCAGUGAAGUGAAACUGAAAGUGAUGAAACAUGGGGCAGAAUGAAAUUGUUUUGUAUGUCAUUGUUAUAUUAUAUAUAUUGUAAUAUAUGUAUAGAUAAAAUCAAAUAUGUCUGAA